UGGCGUGACGUCACUUCCCAGUCAAACGUGGCUGCCGUGCCGAAAGGAGUGGCUGUUGAAUCUGUCAAAUUAUAUGGUUAUUUGGAAAUAUUAAUGACUUUUCCCAUCGGCUACGGCGCGAUAUAGUGAGAUUUGAUUAUUGUGUGUCAAGCAAAGUGAAACGAAGCCUCAAAAUAUGUCGUCUUCGGGUGAUUUCGGUAACCCGCUGCGAAAAUUCAAGCUCGUUUUUCUUGGUGAACAGAGCGUUGGUAAAACCUCCCUCAUCACAAGGUUUAUGUAUGAUAGCUUUGACAACACGUAUCAGGCGACGAUAGGAAUUGAUUUUUUGAGUAAAACUAUGUAUCUUGAAGAUCGAACAGUUAGACUGCAGCUGUGGGACACCGCCGGACAGGAGCGAUUCCGUUCCCUCAUUCCUAGUUAUAUUAGAGACUCGACUGUUGCUGUGGUGGUGUAUGACAUCACUAAUGCUAACUCCUUUCACCAAACAUCCAAAUGGAUCGACGAUGUUCGGACGGAACGAGGUAGCGACGUCAUCAUAAUGCUAGUAGGCAAUAAAACUGAUUUAAGUGACAAAAGACAAGUUUCCACAGAAGAGGGAGAACGAAAGGCAAAGGAACUAAACGUUAUGUUCAUUGAGACCAGUGCUAAAGCUGGCUACAAUGUGAAACAGUUGUUCAGAAGAGUGGCUGCAGCUUUGCCUGGUAUGGACUCCACUGAAAACAAACCACCAGAAGACAUGCAAGAGGUAGUUCUCAAGGACACGCCGAUCGAACUGAAGGCGUCGGAAGGUGGUUGUGCAUGCUAAGCCAACAUUGGUCCUAAUGGUAGAUUAAACACUCAAUUAAAUUAAAACAUUUGUUCCACCAUCAAAAUCUUAAGUCAAAUUUGAAUGCGACGAUAUAUAGCCACGUUCCUUUACACAACAUAACUUAAGUAAUGCAAAAAAAUAAAAUAAUAAUAAUAAUAAUAAUGAUAAUACUUUUAAAAAAAAAAUGCAAAUGCUAAACACAGGAAAUGAAACUUAAAAAAAAAACAUGUAACUGUAUUGCAUAAUAAGUAUAAGUCUCAGUUGGUAGCUCACAAUGACUGCUUUUACUCAACUCAAUUGUAUGACUCAGUGUACUAUUUAUUUAUAUCAUUCUUACGAUUAGUUGUCUUUUCACCAGCAAGUUAAUCCUGUUGAACAUCGCGAACCUAAACCAUGGAUUAAAGCAAGAAUUUCAAAUCAUUUAGGACCACAAUCCAUUACUAGUACAAAGUAAACUAUCUUUUGUUGUGGAAUCAUAUGUUAUUUUUAUUAUUAUUUGAAGUCAAUAAUCGCACUUUUUUGUUGUGACUUUUUUUUUUUUUUUUUUUUACUUUUAGCUAUUCCUGGUCAAGGGAUAUGCUAAAUUAAAAAUUAAUCAACCGAGCAGGAUCUUAGCUACAGCUGAUUGAUGGCUGUGAUUGAAAUUUUUUUUCGUCAAUUGAUCUUUUUGAUGUAAUGAGAUUUUCGUAAAAUCAAAACUUCUCAUUUCCAUUUGUAAGAGUUUAACAGAUAAGUAGGAGAGCUAACAAUAAGAUGCUGACACGUUCAUGUAGGAAAAUCACGUUCGUCAUCAGAUUUUCUUAUUAUAAAAAAAAUUCAGCUUCGGAUUUCAUCAAAUAUUGUGUUUUUAAUUUUUUUAAUUAUUUUCUCCACCGUAACUUUCUGACUUGGUAAUUGUUUGAUUUGAAUAAUAUAUAAAAAAUUCGUCAGAGUAUUCUGAACUCUACAGCAUGAUUUAAAAGCCGUUAUUUUAAUUUGCUACUUGUUGUGUAAUUUUACCAAUCACAAUGAGGAAAACAUAAUUCGAUUGCGCACAAGUUCUAUUGCUUUAGAAGUAAAUCCGAUUGUUUAGAAAUUAAACAGUACAGUGAAUAAACUGUUCAUAGAAACUAUGAAAAGUCUCCGAAAUAAUAUUGGUACGUGCAAAUGUACUAUGAACAACUGAGCUUUAUUUUUGCUAAUGAGAUAUUGCAAUUAGGGAGGUGAAUGUAUGUACAUACAUUCCUAGCAUGGAUGCGAGAAGCAUUGUAUCUCUGUUACAUUUUCAUGGUAAUGCUUUGAAAACAAUCAAAUUAAUACUCUUGUGAUAAAGCACACUCUACGUAGAUUUUAUAAUUAGAUGAAAAAAAAAUGAUCAUAUAACUUUAUAUUAUACUAUUGCGUAUUUUUAUUUUAUUUUUUCUUCGAUUCAUAUAAAUUUUUUCAAUGUUAUGAAUAGUUUUAAAAGAAUAAGAUCAGAAGAGUACAAGUACUUGUGGAAUUGUAGAAAAGAAAAUCAUUUGUAUGAAAUUAUCAGAAACUAUGAUAAUAUAACAUAAUGCAGUACACCUAUUGUAGUAAUAGUAAUAUGAAGCUGUAUAAAAAAAAUUUCUACAAAUAUACGUCGAAUUUAUAUAAAUAUGAUUUAUAACAACAUAUCAUAACACUAAUGAAACCGAGAUAUAACAAUAACGUUCUUUGUGUCCAUGCUAGAUACAUCUGAUUACAAUCGAUUCUGAGACACCUAAUUUCAUCAGGUCAGAAAUAAAAUCCAGAGUGGCGCUUGUGUAAACAUCGGUAAAGUUACCAAUCUUAUUCCUAGAUCAAUAUUUAGGGAACCAAAUCGACCGUACUUAGGUAUACAUAGUCAUUCGUUGCACUGAGAACGUGAUACGACAUUGACAAGAUCAUGCUCAACAUUUUGGUAGUAACUUUGUACAGACUACAAAUUUCCUGAACCUUCUUUGAAGGUUAUCGAAAAUUUGGUUUGUUGUAUUUUGUAAUUUUUAGGAAAUCUAUUCAACUUUCGGAAGCAAUAAAAUCUAUGAUUACGUGAUUGAUAUCGUUUUGCGCCGUGAAAGAAUUACGCAUUAAACUAGGAAGCAAGCUUUGAAAUAAUGAUUAUUAGUUGGGAAUAUUCGACAGAAAGUUGUACAUAAUUGACAAAUAAAAAAACUGAGAAUUGAGAUUGAAGUAAAGAAAGAAAUGAUGACACCAGCUUUUAAUAAAAGCAAGAACCAACAUUUUUUCUCAUAAAUGAAAAUUUCAGUAUGAAUGUGAUUUUUUUUACACCUAAGAAAAGAUGUGUCAUCAUCUGUAUUGUGAUUAUAAUCAGAUAAUCAACACCUUUUCCAAUAAUUGUGGACAAUCUUAUAAACCGACGCGAAGAGUUUUAUUCUAUGAAAAUCAUUUCAUAAUCCCCCCCCAGUGUAUCUGCCAGGUUCAAUUAUCAGCUAAUUGAGUUAUUUAUUAUGUAUAAAAAUCGGAUUGCAGUUACAUAUUGUGUAAACGUAGUCAUGACUCCAUCCCAAUCCAAAUUUCAGAAUUCUGUUUACAUCAGAUUUUAAAGCAGAUUUUUGAAAUUUGGUCAGAAUAAUAUAAAAUAGCAAUAAGAGAAAAACUUUGCCGUUAUGCAUGUACAGUUUGUCCAUUCGGUUUAGUUGUAGCGUAAGUUACAGAAAGUGACACUGUAUCGGAAUUAAAUUUCUCUCAAGAAUCCUUGCGACUGGUGCAAUUAAACCGAAUGCACAAACUGUGAUUCAUCUAGAAUACGGACAUGUUUUGCAGUUACAUAAAACAAUUUCUAAUCGAAAUGACAAAAGAGUAACGGACUAUAAAAAAAAACUAAUAGAUUAUUAAUUCAUUAGCAGAUAUGAGAAAAAUACUUAAUAUCGAUUGACCAGUAAAGUAUAGUUUUUGCAUCAGAUCUUUAUUUUGUUCUCUCGAUUUCAGAUAAUCUAGAUCAUUAUACAUGCAUAUACUACAUUUCUUACUGUAUCAAGGAAUUUCUUACGGUGGUAUGAAAGUAAUCUAUGGAAAACCUGUUCACAGUAUUCUUUUUGCCGCUUGGAAAAUCGUUUUUUACCGUAUCAAAGUUAAAUUAAUUCGGGUGGAUAGAAACAUGUGUGGCAAGAAAAAUAAUUUAAAAAAAACUGCCCAGCCCAGAAUUGUAAAUAAUAUAAACGACAUGUAGAAAGGUGGAAAAAAAACAUACAAGCAAUCUUGGUGAAAUAAUAUCAUUAGUUUAACAGUGUCUCUGACGACGAGAAAAAUUUAGAAAACCUCAAAAACCUAAAGAAUUUUGAAAAAGUCUGCAAAUAUACAGUGAUUUACUCGGGUAUGUAUAGUUCAAAUCAAUUCCGAGUGAAGACGUGAUUUAUGACGAAAGCAGCCAUGAGUGUUGUUUGAAAUUUUUACUUUGAAAUGUGAUCCUUAGCGUUGUUCGAAUUUGACUCCGAAUGUCGCAAUACAUGAUAAAAUAUAACAAAUUUUAAUAAAACUUAUCCAGAAAUUGUCGAGUCAUUAUCAAGUAUAAAUGAAAGCCACUCAAUUAAACAAAUGCAAAAAUUUAUGCAUCUAAUAUCUGCUGAGCAGGAAAUAGUGACUUUUUUUGCUACUGUCAAGACCUGACAAAUGUUAGUAUAGAAUUAUCAGAUAAUUUUUAAUAUCCCUGUCGUUGGAGACCCUGUUAGUUAUGUUAAUGUCAUUUUUGUUAAUUACUAUUAUUGUAAUCUUUUAAUUUAUAUAAAAACUCACUCAAACAUUAAA